UCUCGAUCGGUGAGACGAGAGCAAUCCUGUAUAAAUAAUUAAAAUACAAAGUUGGUCGACCGAAAAUAGAUCGUAAUUUACGUACAUCAUCAGAAGUCUAUACGACGCCGCAGCGCACACAGUUCUCAUCCUCCUGCUGCAGCAACUUUAUUAUUAAAAGUCGAGUGUUAAACGUGUGUUCAUAGUGUGUGUAAUUUUAUGUAUGGAGAAAAUGAUGACACCUAGCCAGAAGGAGCAAUUCCUACGCCAGGACGACUACCUGUUCAACAAGCGGCUGAGUCGCUCGUCGUCGUGCUGCCUCGUGUGCAACGACGAGGUCUGCGUGUCGCGCUUUCAUCGCGCCUGCGAGGACGGCCGCUCGGACUUGGUCGGCCAAUUCCUCGAGUUCUGCCGGGAUCCAGACUGCCGGGUGCUCGAGACGGAUGAUUCACCGCUGCAUCUGACCCUCUACCACGAUCGCAAAAGCUCGACGGAAUUGCUGCUGAGGGCCGGGGCCGAUCCGAAUUUGGCCAACUCGAUCGGCUGGACGCCCCUGCAUGCGCUGGCCAAUCGAGACGGCGGCGACGACGAGGACGACACGACGAGGACGUUCUUCAAGAUCUUGGCGCAGCGAGGCAAGGAGGUGGCGGUCGACGCUCGCGACGACCUGGGCCGUACGCCGCUCGAGUGCGCCGUGGCGAGUCUGAAGCCGAACGUCGUCGACGCGCUGCUGGAGCACGGCCGCGCCGAUCUCGCCAACUUCCGCUUCCCGAGGCAGGUGUACUUCAGCAAGUGGCUGCGCAGAUCCGUCGGCGAGUCGCGGUUGUGUCUCGUGCUGCGAGCGGCCUCGGGCAUGAUGGCCGUCAUGGAGCGCUUGAAGAGGCACGGCUACCCGUUCGACCACGCCAAGGUCCUGUUCAUCCUCAAGCUGUCGGGCCUGCACGGGCUGUUCAAUGCGCCGCCCGAGGCCAACGAGCGCUGGCACGAGGACGAGCGAUUCCAGCGCUUCGCCAAGACGAUCGCGAUCCGCGGUCUCACGCUGCACGCGCUGCUGCACACGCGAGCCGAGGACGCGACCAAACUCGUCUCGUACGAGGAGUACGCGAGGCUGGCCAAGUCGCCGGGAUUCGCCGAGCUGCCCGAGGAGUGCCAAACCGCGUGCGCCAAGCAUCUGUGCGCCAAACUCACCCGAAAGUUCUUCCUCGCCUGGGCCACGGAGUGUCUGAUGCGAGUGGCACCCUCGGAGAUGAGUCAAGAGGUCAAGCUGCAGCUCUGCGAGCGGAUGCUGAAGCCGUUCAGGAACGCGAUUCUGUAUCACGUAUGCCUGGCGGCCGAGCGCGGUCUGCUGCGCGAGCUCGCGAUGUUCGAGGAGAUGAAGAUCGACGAGGUGAAGCUCGAUAGCUUGUUUUCUAGGAAUAAGAUUGUACAAGAUUGAGUGGUUUUUUUGUCGUUGUUUUGCAAAAGAAAUAAUUAUUGUAAUGAUUGGA